AUGCUGAAAGGGAUGGAGAUGCCAAAGAACAACUGGCGUUGGUUCAGGGUCUUCGGGAACCUGGCCCUCUCGAAGGUCUGCGGCGUUCCUUUCGACAGCGUCCGCGACGAAAUCAACGCCGACCUGGAGCUCUUGGACACCUUCUAUCGCUUCGACGGCUGGUCGGCGGACGGGCCCUGGCAAACCCCCGAACAGGCACAAGUCGAAAUCGAGCAGUACGAAAAGACUAGGAGACGCGAUGCUGUUGGCAUGAGUCGCAAAGCAGACUACUAUUCCGGGAGCUUUGCGAUUCAGUUUAGCCAGCUGCUCUAUUCUCGAUUCGCUGCCGAUAUCGACCCUGAAAGAGCUGAGACCUACCGUCAACGAGCGAGAGAGUUUGGGGCCAGCUUCUGGAGAUACUUUGACGCGGAAGGAGCGGCCAUCCCGCUCGGCAGGUCUUUGACCUAUCGCUUUGCUUGCGGGGGCUACUUUUCUGCCAUAGCCCUGGCCCAGGUUCCCGAUAUGCCGGGACCCCUUGGCUCCCCUGGAGCAGUGAAGGGCUUCUUGAUGAGACAUCUCAGAUGGUGGGCCAAGAACUCUGAAGAUAUAUUCUAUCCUGACGGGACUCAACAUUGGAUGGCUUUACCCGCAAGUGGCCCUCAACCCAUGGCGAAAAAUAUGUAUCUGAGCGAAGACUACAACUCUCCGCAAUCCCCAUAUUGGUGUCUCAAAACUCUCGUUGCGGUCGGCCUCCCGGAUGACGACGUCUUCUGGACAACAGAGGAGGAACCCUAUCCUCAGCUUCCGGUAACUGAUACAGUCGCACUCGUAUCGGCACCGCAGCAGAUUGUGUGCAACCAUUCGGCGGGCAACCACCACUUCCUUCUAUCCCCCGGGCAAUUCAUGGUUUCGACGAUGAAAGCGAACAGGGCCAAGUACAGCAAGUUUGCCUACUCUUCCGCUUUCGCGUUCUCCGUCCCUACAGGCCCGCUGAUAAAGCAGAUGGCCCUCGACAAUACGCUUGCCUUCAGUCGCGAUGGCGGGGAGACGUGGGCUGUGAAAUGGAAGUCGGGACAGGUGCGGUUCGUGACUGCUUAUGUCCAGGGACCGUCGGGAACAGAGGGGGUGCAGGCUACGAGCGCCAGGUGGUAUCUUUGGGGCGAUCGAUCCGUGAGCGCUGAUACUACUUUGAUCCCUCCUACGAACAGAUGGCCUGACUGGCAUGUCCGGGUUCAUCGACUCAAGGUACAUGAGAAGGUCAAAACUUUACACACCAUUGAGGGCGAGUUUGCUAUCUCCGGAUGCAGGAAGUGUGACGGCAUGCCUCUACCUGUCCUCGAGAAAAUCCCACCACAGUCAGUCCUGGGCUCGACGGAAGGCGUUAUCCAAGAAAAGCACUCCAUCUUGGUCCUAUCCUCUGCGGGUGCGAGUGGCGUGGUCACGAAGUUGCUGAACCACCGACGACGUCGGAAUGUUCCCCGCUAA